AUGCUUCUAAUACAUGGACAACAGAUCACAGGUGUGACUGGGUACAUCGGCUACCAGACACUUGUACUUGCCCUCGAGAGAGGGUAUCACGUUCGAGCAGUGACUCGAAAACAAUCAUCGUUAAUAGACUUGAAAAAGAACCCCAUCAUUGCAGGUUGCCUUGAUCAAGGUAGACUCGAUGUUGUUACCAUUCCGGACUUUUUGGAAAACGAUGCAUUCUUGAAACAUCUGGAAGGGAUCACAACUAUAAUUCAUCUUGCAUCACCGCUAGCGUUUUCGGCUACGAACUUUGUUGAAGGAAUUGUCAAGCCGGCUGUCGAUAUGGUCACGACCGUCCUGGACGCGGCCAAUCGUACACCCUCCGUCCGUCGCGUGGUGCUGACCUCUUCCUGCGUGACACUCAUUCCAUUCAGUUGGAAUUUGAACCCAGAUACCGAAAGACUCUACACUGUCAAUGAUGUCAACAAUGAGCUCGACGGGCCUUACGAGAACGCAAUGGAAGCGUACUGGGCCUCGAAAGGCAUCGCUCGGAUCAAGGCAAGUGAGUUUAUUCGCAAAGUUCAGCCAAGCUUCGACUUGGUAAACCUGCUGCCAUCGGUGGUAAUUGGUCCCGACACUCGCCUCGACUUCGACCCCACGGCGACAUCCGACGGUCUUCGACAGGGGGCAAGAACAAAUGUGCUGGCCGCUGCACUGGACUCUUCCCUCAACUCAUCUUUCCCUUAUGUCGGGACUCCUGUGCACGUUGCCGAUGUCGCGAAAGCGCACGUGGACGCCGUGAACAGAGAUCUGGUUCCUGGAAAUUCUGAGUAUAUCUUGUCAUCAGAUACGCCUGAUGGAGUUGUUUGGGACAAAGACGUCCAAGAUACUUGUCGAAAGUUCUUUCCGACAGAGGUUGCAAGCGGGCAGUUACCGAUGGAGGGAUCUUUGCAAAGUAUCAAAUGGAGACUUCAGGCCGAGGACACAGAAAAGAUUUUCGGUUGGAGAUUUGUUCCGUUCGAAGACACCUUGAAGGAGCUUAUCGCGCAGUAUCUGCGACUUGACGCAAUUCAUAGGGCUGUUUGA